GGGGGGGACCCGAACCCCGGUUCUGCCGCUGGUUCGCUGCCAGGCACCCCCCGCCUCCCCCCUGAAGAGGGGGGAGGAGACCCUCGCCCCUCAGAGCCCUGCAAGCCGGGGCUGGGGUGCGGGUCCCCGGGGACCGGAGCUUGGGCGCAGCCCCUCCCGCGAGGGCCCGCGCGCCAAUGGGAGCCCGCGCGCUGCCGUCACUGCCCUCCCGCGCCCGUUGCCCGGCGACGCGGGGACGUCGCGCAGGGGCGCGCGCCCACUCCUGCCCGCCGCGGCCGCGGCCCUCUCCCCGGGGCUCGGCGAGGUCACGUGGCAGAGUCACGGCUCGCAGCCUCGGGCCCCAUCGGGAGGCCUGGCUGCGGUGGCCGAGGCCGGGAGCCCGCGCCCCCGCCCGCCCCCCCCCGUUCGGCUCUGACGCCACUUCCGCCGGCGACCCCUGCCCGACCCCGCUCCCCCACACCUCGUGUAAGGUGCACGACGCCAGCUCCCCGCCCGGGGGCGGGCGCCUGGGGGCCGCCAUGGCCCCCAGCCACCUGUCCGUGCGGGAGAUGAGGGAGGAUGAGAGGCCCCUGGUGCUGGAGAUGUUAAAGGCCGGCGUCAAGGACACGGAGAACCGGGUGGCCCUCCACGUGCUGACGCGGCCCCCGGCCCUGCUCCUCCUGGCCGCGGCCAGCAGCGGCCUGCGCUUGGUCCUGGCCUCCUUCGCCCUGGCCCUCCUGCUGCCGGUGUUCCUGGCCGUGGCUGCCCUGAAGCUGGGCCUGCGAGCCCGCUGGGGCUCGCUGCCUCCCCCGGGCGGCCUGGGGGGGCCCUGGGUGGCCGUGCGCGGCUCCGGCGACGUGUGCGGGGUCCUGGCCCUGGCCCCUGGCACCAGUGCAGGGGACGGAGCCCGCGUCACCCGCCUCUCUGUCUCCCGCUGGCACCGGCGCCAAGGCGUGGGCAGAAGGCUGCUGGCAUUCGCCGAGUCCCGGGCUCUGGCCUGGGCUGGGGGUAUGGGGGAGACGCGCGCCCGGCUGGUCGUCCCCGUGGCCGUGGCCGCCUGGGGCGUGGCCAGCAUGCUAGAGGGCUGCGGCUACCAGGCAGAGGGUGGCUGGGGCUGCAUGGGCUACGCGCUCGUGAGGGACUUCUGCAAGGACCUGUGACCCCCACCCUGAGCGUCCCCGUGGCCACCGGGAGGAUGGGGCGGGGCUGGAAGGUGGCGCCCGCUGCAUGCCCGGUGCCCCGUGCGUGACUCCCCAGCACACCUGGGGCUCGGCCGCCGGUCUGUCCGCGUGGUGUCUGGGGGGGUCUGCACUUCUCAGGAAUCCCUCUUCCCUCGUGGCUCCUGGGCCACCAGAGGUCCCCGCCCCCAGCCCAGGGGCACCUGUGUCCCCAGCCUGCCCCGCCCUCCAGGAAGGGACACCUAGCGGAGUUGGGAGCUGCACAGGACACGGCCAGAGGGGACAGGGCCUCCCGGGGAGAGGGGUGGGGGACACGAGGUGCUGUGGGCAGCGGGCACCCGGCCGCGGCUGGGGAGCUCUUCCUCCGGACCCAGCCAUCUGGUUUCCUACACUGUUUGUUAAUAAAGCCCGAAGUGGCCUCCUCUCUCUGA